AUGAAUAAAGAAGCUGAGGCUGCUACUACUGCCGCAGAUAAACUUAUAACGGCCGCUGAUGAACUGGAUAGUGCUAUUAAAGCAUUCGGGUUUUUCUUAGCAAAGCUCCCGGAAGAACUUGAGGAUGCUUUUGAUGACGAUAGGAUAGUACUCGCCAAGUAUCUUAGUGAACCCAAAGAAAAAGAUUACGCAUUUAAGUUGAAGAAAGACGUCACAACCGUCCAGCAGGAAGCUGCCAAUGCCCUGAAAGAAGCGAAUGACGCUGUGAAGCUUCUGGAGGACGCUAUUCAAGAGGCAAAGACUAUAGCAGAAAAAGAAGCGGAAAAAGAUGAUGAAGAACAACAAAACAAAGAUGAAGAUCCAGAGGAGAACCAAACAACGGAAGCUGAAAGCAGUUCAGAAAAGGGUUCUGAAAAAGAAGAGGAAACAACUAAUUCUCCUUCAUCAGCUCCAGACAAUUUGAAUAAUACACAGUUAAGUGACAGCAGCAGCAGUCCUGCAUUGGUGCACAGUCCCUUAUUGCUGCUUCUUGUUUCGAUGUGUGUGCUGGGCUGCACUGCGGUGUUCUAA